AUGGAAAAAGCAAACAGGCUUAAAGGAGACCAGGUGUCGGUCCUCAGCAGUUAUAAAGCCACUCAGAGCAGAGCCAGAGCCCAGAGCUCACUGUCAGAUCCACAGCUGGUCUCAGGAGCUCUGAUAGAUGUGGCCAAACACCUGGGCAACCUGUCCUUCAGAGUCUGGGAGAAGAUGAAGGACAAGGUCCACUUCAGUCCUGUCAUUCUGGACCCAAACACUGCUUCUGGAUGUCUGCAUCUGUCUGAUGAUCUGACCAGUGUGAGAAAAGGAGACACAGAGCAGCAGCUUCCUGAUAAUCCAGAGAGAAACACUGAGUACGCGUUUGUUUUUGGUUCUGAGGGCUUCAGCUCAGGGAAACACAGCUGGGAGGUGGAGGUUGGAGAUCAUCGCAGCUGGAUUGUUGGUUUGGUUAAAGAGUCUGUUGACAGGAAGGGAGAGUUACGUGUUUCACCUGAAUAUGGAAUAUGGUGUUUAAAGCAUAAUGAUGGUGAAUACACUAAUGGUGUUGGUCAGACUCUCAAAGUGAAGAAGAGUCUCCAGAGGAUCAGAGUCCAGCUGGACUAUGACAGGGGGGAGGUGUCCUUCUACGACCCUGAAGACAUGUCUCAUAUCUACACUCACAGAGACACUUUCACUGAGAAACUUUUUCCUUUUUUCUAUGUUGGAAAAGCUGCUGAUGCUGAAACAUCUGACAUCAAAAUCAGUAAAUCUGAGGUUUCUUUAUUAUUUCAAGACAACUCUGUUGAGUCUGACAGUAAACUGGAUCCAGAACAGAACUGGGUCCAGAGUCCUCAUGUUCUGGUUUCUGUCGGCCUGCAGAGCUCCUGCAGCUCCUCCAUGAUGGAGGAUAAUAAAGCUGAAAGUGCAGGAAGUUCUAUCUGUACAGAGAGUCAAUGUCCAGCUCUGAUUGUGAUCAUCAACAUGCUAUCAUCCUGUUAA